CAAUCUAAUUAUAAAUAUUGUUAAAAAUAGAUUUGUACAUAUUUGAGUUCGUAUAUAUACGAUUUUCAUGUAGAUAUAAAGAUUUUUCAGAGGGGCAAUAUAUUCCGUUUUGGACCAGCCCUCAUUGCAAUUCUCUUAGAUGAUGUCUGGCGAAACCAAAACAGUGAUAAAAGGAAACUCCUCCAAAUAUGUAAAACUAAAUGUUGGAGGGUCCCUUCAUUACACCACAAUUGGGACGUUAACCAAACAAGAUACGAUGUUGAGGGCUAUGUUUAGUGGUAGAAUGGAGGUCUUAACAGAUUCUGAAGGUUGGAUCUUGAUAGACAGGAAUGGUAGACAAUUUGGACAGAUUCUAAACUUUCUUCGAGAUGGCUCAAUACCUCUUCCAGAGACAAGACGAGAACUGCAGGAACUUCUACAAGAGGCUAAGUAUUACUUGGUGCAGGACCUGGUCAAUCUUGUGGAGGCAGCCCUGAAGAAUCUUGACAAAGGAGUAGAACCAGUGUGUAAAGUCCCUCUGAUUACGUCAAGUCGAGAGGAGCAGCACCUCAUAUCAUCUACACAGACGCCUGUGGUAAAGUUGAUCUGCAAUCGUCACAACAACAAGUAUUCUUACACAAGCAACUCCGAUGACAAUUUAUUGAAAAAUCUGGAGUUAUUUGACAAGUUGUCUCUGAGGUUCAACAGAAGAGUCCUCUUCAUUAAAGAUGUGAUUGGAAGCAAUGAGAUUUGCUGUUGGUCAUUUUUUGGGCAUGGAUCCAAGAUUUCAGAGGUGUGCUGCACAUCCAUUGUUUAUGGAACAGAUAAGAAACACACAAAGGUUGAGUUUCCAGAGGCCCGAAUAUUUGAAGAAACUUUGAAUGUUUUGUUGUACGAAAACCGCACAGGACCUGAUGAUGAUUUAAUGCAGGCUACCAGGAAAGGAACUGUGACAGGUCAUGGUUACCAUAGCGACGAUGAUGCCGAUGAAAAAUUAGACAGGGAAGUCCGUAUGAGGCGAAAAUGAGGUUGAUGCUUAUUUCAAAGUCAAAUAAAGUAAAAAAAUCCAGUCAAAGUCAGCAGUCUGUUUUAUCAAGAGUGUUUUAAACCCAAAAAUAAUAAUAAAAAAAACACAUGCAGUUGCGAAAGCUUUUCACGCAAGAUGUUUUAUAUUUAUCCUCUUAAGCUUUAUGUGGAAAUCGCUUACUGUCUGUGAAGAACAUCCUAUGAAAAUAAAUAAAAGGCACACCAUUUUUUUUUAUUGUACAUGUGUUUAGUGCAAUUGAAAUGAAGACAUCUUUAACAAUGUUUAAAGACAUUUUUGUGAAUAUCUUGUGCAUGUAGCCAGCUGUUGCCAAGAUAUGUAACAUAUAUAAAUAAAAUGAAAUUCCAGAAAUUACAGGAUUGUAUACAAUUACUUUCAUCUUGGCUUACAAGAUAUGACUGAAAAUAGUAUUUCUUGUAGCAGGAUUGCAAUAUUAUUUUCAUUGUUUGUUGUCAAUAGUACUCCAAUAGGUUAUUAUAAAUGAACCAAAGUUCUAUAUACAUUUUAUUAUUUAGACUCACUGAUUGUUUUUUUUUUUUUUUUUGGGGAAAGAUCUGUUAAUUAGUAAGUGUUCAUUGUGAUGUAUAUUUGGUCUCAGAGAUGGCCAUGCUGCUUAUGUUUGCUCCAUGUUGGAGAAUAAAAUGGUUUAAAAAAUA